AUGUCGAAAAAAUGGAGAGUUUUUCAAACAAGUCUACUAGUUGAACCCAAUUUCGCUGUCGCUGUGACAAAAGCAUGUUGUGUGCUACACAAUUUUGUUCGACGUAGAGAUGGCAUCAACAAUGAUGAUAUCCUUAGUUGUACAAUGGACGAUUAUACAAAUGAAAGGGGAACUGGAAAUUCGUCAACAAAUGCCAAAGAAGUUAGAGAACACUUUGUUAAGUAUUUCAACACUCCGCAACAUGCACUUAAGUGGCAAAAUAAAGUCAUUGGAAAAUAA